AUGUCGUGCUUAUCCGCCCACAACCUCCUGCUGCAAAAGGAUGCUCUGUGGGCACUGACAUGGGCCGGUGACCGCCUUGUCUCUGGCGGUGCCGACGGUAUUGUCCGCCUGCACGACCCCGCCGACCUGGCCUUGCCCCUCAACGAGCUGCCGGCCCUCCCGCUCGCCGUCGGCUCGCUCACGUCCACGCGCGACGGCAAAUGGGCCCUCGCCGCUAGCCUGGAUGGAACCGCAGCCUUGGUCAACGUCGGCCGUGGUCGUCUGAGCAGCAAGGUCGAGACGGGCCGUGAAGGCGUCGCUCCCGGCGAGAGUGAGCUCGCGGCGUACGCUGCUGCGAUCCACCCCACUGCAGCGUGCUGGGCAUGGACUGGACGUGGCUCCAAACUCGCCAUUCGCUCCAUUGACACGGCUGCGCUCGAAGCCGCCGACGCCGAGACGCAAGACGAAGAUGGCGAGCAGGCCACCCAGGCUGGGCCCAGCAAUGCUCUGUCCGGCUCGGGAAGCGUAGUGGACACUGUCAAGGGCAAGUUUGGCAUGGCUGUCGAGUUUUCCCCCGACGGAACCCAAGUCGCCGUCGGACUCGAGACCGGCCACGUCGUUGUCGCGGACGUCGAGACCAAGUCGGUCGUGGCCACAUACUCUGCGCACGCCAUGACCGUCCGCUCGCUUGCGUGGUCGCCCGACAGCCAGUGGCUGUACACUGGCGCCGACGAUGCGCGUAUUGUCCUGCACGACGUCCGCGCUGGAAGCACCUCGGGCGCCAAAGGAGAAGGAGCCGUGGCCAUCAUGCAGGGUCACAACGGAUGGGUUCUGUCAAUGGCUGCGAGCCCCGAUGGCCGCUUGCUGGGCAGCGGUGGCGCAGACUCUACGGUCAAGCUGUGGGACGUGGGCCAGCGUUCGUGUGUGAGCACCAACAACCUGGACGCCGAGGUGUGGGGCUUUGCCUGGCAGGCCGAGUAUGAGGGCUCGCUGGCUCCGGGCAAGCAGUUUGCAGUCGCUGGUGACGACAAGAAGGUCAGCCUCUUCCGCGCUGCAGGUGCAGUUUAA